AUGCGGCGCCUGUCCGCGGCGUCCCUGUGCCUCCUCGCGAAGCGCAGCAUGUCGGUGGUCGUGGACGAGGCGUGCGCGCCGCGGCUGCGCCUUGCGCUCGUGAGGCACGGCGAGAGCAUGAACAACGUCCACGAGGCCGUCAGCGAGGCCGCCUACGUCGCCAACAGGCACGCGGACCCGGACCUGUCGCCCCGGGGCUACCGCCAGGCGGACGUGCUCGGCGGGUUCCUCGCGAACGCGACGCGGUCCAACUUCCUCGGCGUGCACCCCAUCGACGAGGUCUGGGUCUCGCCGCACCGGCGGACGCUGCUCACGGUCGCGCCCUUCGCCGCGGCGAGCGGGCACCGCCCGCGCGUGAACACGAAGCUCUUCGAGGCCGGCGGCGUCUACGACGCGAACGACGCCUACGACGCGUUCGCGGCCCAGGGCGGGCUCACGCGGUCGGAGAUGGCCGCGCGCCACCCGACGUACGCGCUGCCCGACGAGGUCACGGAGGACGGCUGGUACGCGCCGCCGACGCCGGGAUCGGGCAAGGAGACGGACGACGAGUGCCGCGACCGCGCGCUGGGCGUCGCCGCGGACGUCCGCGCGCGCGCCGCGGCGCUCGACCGCGACCUCAACGUCGUCGCGGUCGUCCACUACGACUUCAUCUGCGCCUUCCUGGACGCGCUCGUCGCGCCGGCCACGCGGGGGCCCUUCCUGCGCUGGAGGCACUUCAACACCGGAAUCACGGUCGUCGACGUCGACGGGGCCACGGGUGCCGCGAGCUUCGUCGCGCAGAACGCCGUCGCCCACCUCCUCGACGAGCGCGACCCGGCGCUCCUCUCCGGCUUCCCGCUCUAA